UUUUGACUUAGCUCUGACCAGGCCCCUCCACGGAGGGGCGCAGACAUCACGGGCCGUCUAUAUAAACACCCAUUGUCCGUUGACAGGAUGAAAGCGGCUCAUAUUCCACCCUACAUUCUAUCCUACCUUAUUCUGUUUGGGGACUUUAUCUUCACAUCACCACCAUCAAAUCCACCACCAACUAAAACAAGAUGUUCCUCGCCUCCCUCCCCCCAAACACUCCCUUCACCCUUACCAUCAUCGGCACCCAACCCCACACGCCCACCGCCCUCAUCACAACCCUCAACGCCCUCCUCACCACCGCCCAAACCGACUCUCUCCUCACCCACACCGAAACCCUAACCCAACACUCCCCGACCUCCAAUGCCACCUCCACCAUCCACCUCACCUACUGGCCCACCCCCUCCUACCAAACCUGGUCCACCUCCCCCGCCGUAACCACCUUCUUCUCCACCCUCCCCGACACGGCCGGCAUCUACCGCGAAGCCCUGACCAUCCACCCAGACCGCAUCCAAGGUGCCUCCAACCACAACACGCCCUCGGGAUGCAUGCACAUGGGCAAGAUCGAGCUACAGCCGCACCUCAGCGGCUACUGGGGGUGUUAUCCCGACCGCAUCACCGAGAAGAAUAUCUCCUGCCCAUUCUCAACAGAAGACAUCGCCACCAAUGACCCCCCCUCCUCCACACCCUCACCAGGAAGCAACAAAAUCAUCCCCGGCAAAACAACCAUCACCACCAUCCCGCCCAACCUCUGCUUCGUCAUCGAAGGCCAAGACCACACCGCCGCCUCGGAGACCGAAAAAUCCUACUGGACCGAGAACUUCAACGCCCUCGCCCAAGAAUGGGUCUCGGAUGUCCUCACCGCAGGACCUAAAAAGGGCGUGUUAUCUUCUCGUGCAUGCUAUAACCCUUCCACCACCACCACCACCUCUACACCCCUAACCCUGGAAGAAACGAAAGCCUACCCCCUAACCCUAACCCGCGACAUCCAACUCCUCUACUUCCUGGACCUCAACCACAUGGAGAAACUGGGGCGGACGCAUAUCGGACACGUGAAACUCCGCAAGUCGUUCAUGGAGGCGUAUGGGCCCGGCGGGGUCAUGUUUCCGGGGGGGUUGAAGUUGUGGGUAGAGACGGCGGUGUUGAGGGAGGGGGAUUUUGAGGGCGUGUAUGUGGGGUGUGUGGAGGGGACGGGGUUGAUGGGGUUGAAGUUUUAGCUUAGGAUUUGG